CCGCCCAAGGCCGCCUAGUCGUGCCGCGCGCCAACCCACAAUUCCCGCUGCGCGCUGCGAACCUGCUGCCUUCGCCGUUGCUGGUGCCCCCGCCGCCCGUUACGGCUCCCUUCGCCGGGGACAUGUUGCAGAAACCGAGGAGCCGGGGCCGCCCUAGCUCCCAGGCGGAGAGGGACUGGGGCCGCCGCGCCGCCGAGGAGGCCCCGAGCACCUCCCGCGGGGCUGGCAGCUCCCAGGAGGCCCGGAGCACAGCAUCGCAGGGCGCCCGCCGGGCAGAGGCCUCCCCCGAGGUGGGGCCCAGGUCCCAGCAGCAGCUGGAGCUGAAGGUGGCCGAGCUGGUGCAGUUCUUGCUGAUUAAGGACCAGAAGAAGAUCCCGAUCAAGCGCACUGACAUACUGAAGCACGUCAUCGGGGACUAUAAGGACAUCUUCCCUGAUCUCCUUAAACUGGCUGCCGAUCGCCUCGAGUACGUCUUCGGGUACAAGCUGGUGGAACUGGAACCCAAAAGCAACACCUACAUCCUGAUCAACACCCUGGAACCAGUGGAGGAGGAUGCCGAGGUGAGAGGCGAUCAGGGCACUCCCACCACCGGCCUCCUGAUGAUUGUUUUAGGUCUCAUCUUUAUGAAGGGCAAUACCAUCAAGGAAACGGAGGUCUGGGACUUCCUGCGCCGCUUAGGGGUGUACCCCACAAAGAAGCAUUUAGUUUUUGGGGACCCAAAGAAACUUAUUACCGAAGAAUUCGUGCGGCAGCGUUACCUGGAGUACCGGCGAAUACCCCACACGGACCCUGUAGACUAUGAAUUACAGUGGGGCCCGCGAACCAACCUGGAAACCAGCAAGAUGAAAGUUCUUAAGUUUGUGGCCAAAGUCCAUAAUCAAGACCCCAAAGACUGGCCAGCACAGUACUGUGAGGCUUUGGCAGAUGAGGAGGCCAGAGCCAGACCUGAGACAGGUGGCCCAGCCUCCUCUUGAAGUCUGAGACAGAUUCAGAGGGACUCCUGGGGGAAGGUCAGAGGCACUGGGUGAAGGGGUAGGGGUGGGAGGGAGCAUAUUUCUGUAACGCUUAAAUGUGUAUGGCUUUAGGAUGUGUUUUCAAACUUCCAUUCUCUUUUAAUAUUGUAAAUUAUUUGGUUCCAGGUUUUCACUUUUAAAAAAUACUAGGAGAGGAUUUUUGUUUUGAUCUGUUUUACCGUUGUAUAUUUUGGCAUUAAAAUUUUGCUAGCAUUUAUACAACUGAUUGGAAAACUUUGUACCAUGAUCUGGAACAGGUAUUUAAAAAAGAACGCAUCGGAAAAUUGCUUUGGUGCCAAGAAAAUAAAAAGAAGUGGUUAUUAUCUGGUCUCUUAACUACCCCAGUUUGUAAGUUAAAAUGAAAGCCUUUAUAAAUUAAAAAUAAAAAUGUAAUUGUGUAUA